GCUUUCAAGUUUUAAUAAUCAAUUCUUCUUCAAUUUCAAGAGAAAUUUUCCUUUUUGGGAUUAAAGCCGUCAUCUGGGUUCGUCUAAAAGCAAACAAAUUGAUUGAGUUUUCGGGUUGAUUUUUGUUCUGGUUAUGGCUGCAUUGGCACCUGGGGUUCUUCUGAAGCUCCUAGAUGGAAUGAGUACUGGGGUCAAGCCCACCGGCGAGCACCGGAGCUCACUUUUGCAGGUGACUGACAUUGUGCCGGCGGAGCUUGAUGACAAGAAUCUCUGGCCUAAACAGGGCUUCUACAUCAAGGUUUCGGAUUCGUCGCAUUCGAUUUACGUUAGUCUUCCUUCUGAUCAAAAUGAUUUUGUUUUAAGCAACAAAAUGCAGUUGGGUCAAUUCAUUUAUGUCGACAGAUUGGAGCCAGGGUCUCCGGUCCCUGUUGUUCAUGGCGCCAAACCGCUACCCGGCCGGCAUCCCUUGGUGGGAACCCCGGAGCCAUUGAUGGGUCUUAGAGGAAAGGGAGAGAAACAGGAUCCAAAGCCCUCGGGUCAUAGAAGAGGGUCUUGGGAAACAGGGCAGAAUGGUGUUUCCUCUCCCAUGGUUUUGAAGCCUAUGCCGUUGGAUUUUGAUCAGUGUACGCCGGUGAAAGGGCAGGCUAGUUCGGUGAGAACUCCGAUGAUGUCUCCGAUGAGAAGAAGGAUGUUGAAGGAUGGCAGUGCCGGAGUGGGUAUCAGGGGUUCUUUGGGUGGUGGACUUUUGGCAAAAAUGAUAGAAACAAAAGGAGAGAGUCCUGCUAUGCUUAGGAAAAGCUGUUUUGUGUCUUCUGCUUCAAAAUUUCCGAGAAGCCAAAGUGUCUGUGAACGAGAGCCUAAAAUCUCAAUUAGCCCUCUUAACUCAUCUGAAAAGAAGAACGCUACCCCACCUCCGACCUUGAGGAGGGGAAGGGCAGCAGCAGCCACUGCAGUUGUAGCACAGGAUACCUCCCUUAAUAUGGGUGGAGAUGUGCAGAAAAACAUCAACACAAGAGUGACUACACAAUCCCAAUCUCAGUCUGGUAACUCAGCCUCUGAUAACAUUGAUAAUCCAUCCAUGAAUUUACCUGGAAAGCUUAGCAUUUUGGGCAAGGAAGCUGUGCAGCUACGAGAGAAUGCACAGAAAAUUGCCCUUCAAGCACUAAGGGAUGCUUCCGCCACUGAAACCUUAGUUCGCUCUCUGAAGAAAUUUUCCACCUUAACCAAAUCGGCAAAAGCAGACACUCCAGCAGCCUGUUUUGAUCGGUUCUUGGAGUUCCACGUCCAAAUUGUUCAGGCAGUCAAUGACAUGCAGUCCAUCCAAGCAGCUACUUCAGCUAUUGAAGCGGCAGUAGAGAAGGGAGAAAAAGCACCAGCCAUCUUACAUGAAAUCAUCCCCAAUUCCAUGGACGAAACUUGUUCCUCGGAAUUGAAUUCGUCCAGAAGACGAACCACAUUGUACAAAUCAAUUGCAUCCACGAACACGGGAAGACUUCUAAGAUCAAACUCUAACCCCAAGAAAGGACACUCCGAAACAGUUACAGAGAAUGAUGAAAACAAGAAACCAUCUUCGUCAUCGUCCUGCAGCUUAAGCAACACAAUCAAAUUGGGUAAGCAGAUAGAAUCUGAAGCGGGGAACUGGUUCAUGGGGUUCAUAGAGAAAGCAUUAGAUAAUGGGAUGAAGAAAGCGAAAGGGGCGACGGAUAAUGAUGUUAAGAAAGUUCCACAGUCGCUAAUACUGAAGGUUAUCAAUUGGGUGGAGGUGGAACAGAGUGAUGGUAAUAAGCGGCCGGUUCAUCCCAAGGCAGCACAUAUAGCUAGGAAGCUGAGGAUCAAGAUGAAGAAUCCUUGAACACAGAAUUAGGGAAUUAUAUUUUAUACACUUGUUGCAUUUGGGUUCCAAUCAUGGAAAUUGUGUGCCUUUUGCUACCAUGUAAGGAUGUUCAUGUAAUCUCAUUUCGACUUACUAAUUGCAUGACCUGACGGUGGUUUUCAUUAGUUCUUUAUAAGCAAAUUUUGGUAUGCAUAUGAAUCAUUUUCAAUAAUAAACUUUAAAGUUAUUC